AUGAUGGUGGUGCACCUCUGCCAGCAUGUCUCGCUUCCGCUGCUGCUGUUGGUGCUAGUGGUGCUUGCGCCUUGCUUUGCUGUGUGCGCUGGCGAAGCGGUGCUUCACGAGGACGAAGCAGGGGCGCUACACAUCAACACAACGUCAACCGCAGGUGGCAACGGCAGCAUCGGCAGCAGCAGCAAUGACGCGCUGCCGCCCGUGUUUGUCAACGGGUUGAACGUGGGUGAGCUGUUGCAGUUGGUGCAGGCACAGCAAGCGGUGAUUGAGGCACAGCAGAGCGCCUUGGAGCGACAGGAGGGCCUCAUUCGUUCGCUGCGGGGCUCUGCAGCGUUGGCGCUGUUCCGCUCGUGCCAUGAGACCCGGGCGCCGGUGGCAGACACCAUCCGUGUCGCCGGUGCCACGGACGGCAGUGGGUCUUGGAUUGGUGGCGUGCAGGCCAGCAACACGGGGCUCAUCUACGCCAUCCCCGCCUCUGCGCGCUCCGUGCUCAUCCUCGACCCUGCCACCAACGCAGUUGAUACUUCAACCAUGGGAAACCUGACGAUGGGCGGGUGGCACGGUGGCGUGCAAGCCCGCAACGGCCUCAUCUAUGGCAUCCCUGCGCUCGCCACUGCUGUUCUCAUCAUCGACCCCGUGCACAACACCACUGACACCACCACGAUGGACAACUUUUCGGCAGAGGGCAGCAAGUGGGCAGGCGGGGUGUUGGCUGAUAACGGGCUCAUCUACGGCAUCCCUUAUGUCGCCACGGGCGCGCUGAUCAUCGAUCCGUCUACACACACGGUGGACACAACCACAGUCGGGCCGUUUGCUCCAGGUGUUGGCAAGUGGCGCGGCGGCGUGAAGGCUGACAACGGGCUCAUCUUUGGCAUCCCGAGUGGCACCACGUCCGUGCUUAUCAUCGACCCAGUCACAAAUACGGCAGAUACCACCACCAUCGCUGACGUGGGCACGGGGUCGCUGCUGUGGAAUGGUGGUGCGCUGAUGCCAAAUGGGCUCAUCUAUGCCACGCCACGCAUGGCAAGCUCCGUCCUCAUCAUCGACCCCGUCAACAAGACGGCCAACACAACAACCAUCAGUAGCCUGGGCACGGAGGAUAAGUGGGUGGACGGCGUGCUGACGCACAACGGACUCUUUGUGGGCAUUCCGCUGCGCGCGUCUUCCUUGCUCAUCGUGGAUCCAAGCACAAACACGGCCGACACAACCACCGUCUCCGGCUUUGGCACGGGCUUGAAGUGGCACUCGGGCGUGCUUGCAAGCAACGGCCUCGUCUACGGCAUCCCGUAUGGCACAGACCGCAUCCUCAUUGUCGAUCCCGGUUGCUGA